AUGACGGAGUACAUGCAAGACUAUGGUGUCGAUGCGGAUACUACAGACAUAGCCUUUCAUGAACAUGAGCAGGUUGCUAUGCAUGGAAUAGAUCUCAAUGUUGAUGCUUCUGAGCUGCAACAACCAAAUGAAGACAUGAUGGAGUACAUGCAAGACUACGGUGUCAAUGCUGAUAUCACAGGCAUAGCCUUCUAUGACCAUGAGCAGGUUGCUAUGCAUGGAAUAGAUCUCAACGUUGAUCCUUCUGAGCUGCAACAACCAAAUGAAGAUAUGAUGGAGUACAUGCAAGACUAUGGUGUGGAUGCUAAUACUGCAGAAGAAGCCUUUGAUGAGGAUGAAUUAGACGACUCAGAUUUUGAAUAUGACCAUGCAAAUGAAAAUAUUUCACAUCAGUCCAGGAAUUUGACAGAAACUGAAAGGCAUAAAAUUUAUGCAGCAUUGCUCGAGAGAAGUAUGCAUGGAAGAUUAAAAAGGAACACUACAACUAGAGUUGCCGAAAUGUUACAAGUUAGUAGGUAUCAAGUGCAACGUGUGUGGCGGAGGAAGCCCAGUGGAUGUUAG